AUGGCGUCUCGUCCUACCGUCACUAUCGCCACGGCUGAUGGCAAGCCCAGCGGGGCUACCUACCCCCUGCCGGCUGUUUUCAACUCGCCCAUCCGUCCUGAUAUCGUCCAGCAGGUUCACACCGGUAUGGCGAAGAACAAGAGACAGCCUUAUGCCGUGAGCGAGAAGGCUGGUGAACAGACCUCCGCUGAGUCCUGGGGUACCGGUCGUGCUGUCGCUCGUAUUCCCCGUGUCUCCGGUGGUGGUACUCACCGUGCUGGCCAGGCCGCGUUUGGUAACCAGUGCCGUUCCGGUCGUAUGUUCGCUCCUACCAAGGUGUGGAGGAAGUGGCACCAGAAGGUCAACGUUGGUCAGAGACGUUUUGCUACUGCCUCUGCUUUGGCUGCUUCUUCUGUCCCUGCUCUUCUUUUCGCUCGCGGUCACCGCGUUGCCAACGUCCCUGAGGUCCCUCUGGUCGUUGACUCCAAGACCUUCGAGAACGAUGCUAUCACAAAGACCAAGGCCGCUAUCGCUCUCCUGAAGGCUGUCGGUGCUGGUGCCGACCUCGUUAAGGUUCAGCAGUCCAAGAAGAUGCGUGCCGGUAAGGGUAAGCUCAGGAACCGCCGCUUCCGCCAGCGCCGCGGUCCUCUCGUUGUCUACAACCCUGAGGUUGACGGCAAGGACCUCGUCCGUGCUUUCCGCAACAUUCCCGGUGUUGAGACCUCGUCCGUCUUCAACCUCAACCUCCUCCAGCUCGCCCCUGGUGGUCACCUUGGUCGCUUCAUCGUGUGGUCCUCCGCUGCCUUCCAAGCCCUUGACCAGGUCUACGGGACUACCACUACCCCUGCCGCUCUCAAGAAGGACUACCUGCUGCCCCAGAACCUUGUCUCCAACGCUGAUCUGACUCGCCUGAUCAACUCUUCUGAAAUCCAGUCCGUUCUGCGUGCUCCCAAGGGUGCGGCCCACACCAAGCGCACCAACGUCCAGAAGAAGAACCCUCUCCGCAACAAGCAGGUCAUGCUCCGCCUCAACCCCUACGCUGCUGCUUUCUCCAAGGAGAAGCUCGGCCAGAAGCCCGUUGAGCACGGCAAGCCCGAGAGCGCCUCCAAGGGUUUCCUUAACACUCUGCAUGAGGACUAA